GAAGCAAUAAGAGGGCGUAGACUUCGGGAGAAGGGCAGAAACAGCCACUUCAGGGUGCAUUGCACUGCUGCGUGUACAAUCAGCCCUAAAAGACUGUGCAGUACUUUAAUACGUACGUUUAGUACGUUUAGUGUGUUUUUUUCUUCACUUUAAAGAAUCAAGAAGAACGAAUCGCUCUGGAAUCGUCAGCAAUCUUUGAGCAAGACAUGGAGCCGUCUCCUGCCCUCCACAUAUAACUUUUUGUGUAUUUGUGCGUUUCUCGAAGGAAUCCAUAAGAAAGUUAUUGAGUGCAGCAGGAAUUAAGGGCUUCAGGACGCCACUCCUUUCCCUGUGAACGCAGAAGUGUUUGUCAGUGGCAUCUGCUGUCGAGGCGCGCGAGGAUGCGCCUGGACUCUCACCCACCGCGCGCGGAAAUCUCGUGUGCUGAGGAACCAGACUACAACCAACAGAAAGGGCCAGGCAUUCCACUUGCAAGGAAACUGUGCUAUGCCAUUGGAGGGAUGCCCUAUCAAAUGACAAGCAACGCCAAGGGCUUUUUCAUGCAGAUCUUCCUAUUGGAUAUUGUGCAGAUGACGCCUUUCUAUGUGUCUGUAAAUCUUUUCCUUGGCCGAGCCUGGGAUGCGAUCACAGACCCUUUAGUGGGCUACAUGGUCAGCAAGAGUGGCCAUACUCGCUUAGGCAAGCUUAUUCCCUGGAUUGUGUACUCCAUGCCUAUGGGAGUGAUCUCCUACAUCAUGCAAUGGUACACCCCUCAGGACAGCAUGUCUCCUGUCUUCAGCUUUUGCUGGUACUUUGGCUGGUGCUGUCUCUUUGACACAUUAAUGAGUUGCUACCACGUGCCCUACACUUCUCUAAACAUGUUUUUGGGUGGUGACCAAAAAGACCGAGACUCAGCCACUGGCUACAGGAUGGGAGUGGAGAUGUUUGCGACAUUGGCAGGAGCCACCAUUCAGGGCCAGAUUGUGGGGGUGUAUCAUGCUAAAAAAGCACAAGCAUGUAGUGAGCUGAAUGAGAGUAAUGCACUCACUGGAAACUACUCAUCUGUGCUGUACCACAACUCUACCUCUCCUUUCACUGCCACGCUACAGGAUACGAGGAGAGCUUAUUUGACUGCUGCAUUGGUGUUAGGAGCUUUCUACUUCCUAUGCUGCAUUGUGCUGUUCCUUGGGGUGAAGGAGCAGUUGACUCCACUGAGUAAGCUGGACCGCAUACAAGUGUCAUAUCUGACCGGUAUGAAAAUGGUUGUGAGACAUAAUCCAUAUGUGCGACUUGUGCUCGGAUUUCUCUUUUCUUCGGUUGCUUUUCAGAUGGCCCAGGGAAAUUUCGCUCUCUUCUGUACACAUGCAGCUGGAAUGGGGGCUUACUUCCAGCACCUUGUACUCAUAUUACUGAUGGCAGCCACAUUGUCCAUUCCAUUAUGGCAGAUGCUAUUGGUUAGGCUGGGCAAGAAGACUACUAUCUUCAUUGGGCUAACAAUUUAUAUUCCUGCUCUCAUCAUCAUAUCCUGUGUGAAGGGUAAUUUUAUCAUCUUUUCCAUGGUGGCCAUUUUGGCUGGUGCCAGUCUAGCAUCCCUCUAUUUACUGCCCUGGUCAAUGCUGCCGGAUGCGGUGGACGACUUUAAGGUGAAGAACCCGUCAUGCACCAAUCUGGAGCCCAUGUUUUACUCUUGUUAUGUAUUUUUUAACAAGUUUGGGGGAGGCGUGUCGCACGGUGUCUCUACACUUGCACUACACUUUGCAGGUUACCAGCCUGGCGCUUGUAGGCAUGACUCUAGAGUGAUCACCACAUUGCAGGUGCUGUUUGCCCCGGUGCCCAUCUGUCUACUGCUGAUAGGAAUGGUGUUCUUCUACCUUUACCCCAUAAAUGAACAGCGGCGCUGGCAGAUCCAGGCUACACUGAAGAAAACAGCAGCAGAAAAUAAAGCAGAGACAAGUGAAGAGAUGUUUCUUUGAAGAAUUCAUUCUGGAUCUCAAGUCACUUUAUUGGCCUUGAAUGAUUUUCCUUUUCAUAUAGCUCUUGCAACAGUUAUGGACAUGCUAUUACUUUGAGCAGGAUCUGUUCAGCUUUUCUACAGUGAAUUUCAAACAUUUUCCAGUAUUUUUAAGGUAUAUUAUCCAAUAUAACCCAGUCUUUAAGACAAAUAUAUGUCACAAGGUUUUGGUAAAAAUGAAUGUAACCUUUGUUAAACCUACUUGACUGGCCUAGACUGGCAUCACUCUCUAUGCAGUUUUGUAAGUGCUGUCUGUGUGUGACUGUGAGUAAGAGAGAUAGAACUAGAGAUACUUGUAAUAAAUGAUUGCAUGCUUAUAAUUUAUGAAUUUUGAAAUGAUAAUCAGUUAUAAUAGGUAAUAGACUAUGCAGCAUAAUAAUGUGGUAUGUAGCUCUAAUAAUUGUCACCUACCUGCAGAAAUCAGUCACACUGAUCAUAAAUACACCUUUUAAUUAGAGAGAUGCGUUGGUAAUUUUUCUAGAAAUAAAGAGAGAAGAAAUAAAGAAUAUAAAUUAGAUUUAAAAUGUAAAUGUAAAAAAAUAAAAGUGAAUGGAAAAUUUUGAA